AUGGAUCCGUUAUCCAUCUCUGCGGGGGUAGCUCAGGUCGUCUCGCUUGCUGGCACUCUUGUCAAAGGCCUUAGUCGCUUCGUCGUGAAAACCAUAAAUAUUUGUGAUACCAUUCAGGAGGUACACGAUGAAAUUCUCGUGUUGCAAGUGGCUUUAGGCAACAUACAAAAGACGCUCAAAAAACGACCACGACAGUUACCCUUUGAGCGCGACCAUCAUACUCAUAUUUACCAAAUCAUACAGUCGUGCCGAAAGUCACUAGAAACCCUAUGUGACAAGCUUCCUCAGCUUAAGGAAAAAGCAGGACCUUUCGAACGUAUACGGCGAAGUCUAGAGUUAUCUUUGAAGGAAGAGAGGGUAUUAGAGAUUUUUCGUCAUAUCCGCUCAUAUAAGACUGUCUUGCAAUUGAGCCUCACAACGUUAUCAUUAGGCGCUUUGUGGGAGACGGCCAACUCGCAAAAGCAAAUCAAGGUCGAGAUUCGAAAACUGACCGAUACCAUUCGACUAUUCCCUCACUUAUUCGCAAGCCACAGAAGAGACGCCCUGCCAGUCCGUACCCUAAAUCCUCAAUCCGAUUUAGAAGACGACACAGACGAAAAUACCUUAGAAAGAGAUAUUAAAAAUUGGCGCAGGACAGCCGACGAUGUGGCGACAGCAGUUACACUCAAUGAAAUUGAUAAGCAGUCCGUCGACACAAACUCCAUCCAAAAUUCAUCCAUGAGUGUCGACACGUUACCAUUAUAUGAGGAAGACGCUUUCGACCCAGAGCCAGAUUACAGAAACGUGCAAAGCAGCGAAAUUCUCGAUUACCAGCUUAAGGCCAACCGUGAUGCUGUGCGAAAUUUACUACAAUGUGGGAUCUUCGUGAAGGCAGCCACCUAUCAGCAGCGAGGCAUCGAGCUCAUGAAACAGCUCUUAGAGACCCAGGACACAUACAGGACAGAUGAUACGUCGCACGAAGAGCUCAUGGACAUGAAGGAAGAGUUGGCGGAUAUAUUCUUGCAAUGUGAUAGCGUCGAGUUUCACCUUGAAGCGAAGACCGUAUUGGAACAGUUGAUCUCCGAAGUAGUCAAGCCAGAGGAGAGCCAAAUCGACAACAACCGUCGAGCAAGACUAUACCAUAAAUUAGGUGAUAUCCACUUCAGACAAGGCAAUGUUGUCCAAGCGAAAAUAUUCCUAACUCGCGCCCUCAAUGGUCGAAAUCAAAUACAUCCCAGACCCCUAGUACUUGUCGAGGAAACGGCAGAAUUAUUAGUCGAGGUACUGCAACAAGAACAGGUACAUGACGAAGCGCGUGGUAUCCGUGAUUGGAUCCGGCAAGAACUUCGUCAGGAAACCAUUCUCACACCAUUGUCACCGCAGACAGCGCCUAGUGAUCCGAACAUGAACGGCCUAACCAGCGCCUAUCAGUGGUGUAAAGACCAGGGCAUGAAUGUAGAUAGCGAAACUUUUAGCUUCGACUACUGCGACCCGGCAUCGGGGAUGACACCAAUGCACCAAGCGAUCCAGGAGGAGAAUAUCGAGGUGCUACAGCAUAUGGUGUCAAACGUAGCCCACGUAGAACAACGCGACGCGACUGGAUCGACGUUACUCCAUGCAGCAGCUGCAAAGCGCAAUCGUCACAUAUGCGCAAUACUCCUCGAAGAGCGACAAGCAAACCCGGACGUUGUGGAUCAUAGUGGUAUGACGCCCCUUCAUAAGUGUCAGACAAGAAGGAGAGGUGUACUAGUAGCCGAGAUGUUAUUUCAAUGGCUUCCUGACCUUAUCGACCGAAAGGAUGGGAUGGGAAAGACGGCUCUCUACAUGGCAUGCGAGAAAGGCAACGAGGAUAUGGUGAAGUCCCUAUUAUCGAAAGGCCGAGCCAAUCCAGAUAUCAAAGGUCCUGGGAAUCGCACACCACUUAUAGUAGCCAUCGACUUAGCGGCUCAGCAAUCGCAGAAGAUAGUUAUCGUAGAGCAACUAUUAAAACAUGGCGCAGACCCAACCAUAGCGGAUGCGGAUGGCCGAACCGCCUUUAUAGCCGCAAAGAACGCAGGGCUGGCCGCCAGUGAGAUCAAGCGCAUGCUGAGUUCAAUCCCACCCAGAAAAAUGAGUACUACCACAAUGAACUCCGCAACCGGCUCGGGCAGGAGGGAGACGAGCUCGAAUAGUAGCAGGAUAUACAGUUUAGCCGAAUUGGCGUUGUCUCGAUGA